UUCUUCUCUUGGCUGGAAAUUCUUCACCUCAACUUAUUUAUGGGAAUCAGGACGAUAUCUUGAAAUGUGAACCCUAAGUAUCGAGAUUGUUAUUCAAACUAUACAUGAGAUGAUAAAAUAGUAAAUUUAGACGUGGUUAGCAAGCUAACGGCGUCGAUUUGUACGGCAUGGGCAACAUUCACUGUUGUAUACUGCCAUCACCUCAAGGCCGACCCACCAACACAAACGAGCCUUAUGGGGGCUUUGCAGAAACCGGCGAAACGCUAGAGUUGCCUCAUAUAAGCGACCGAGAAGACCUCUCCGAUCAUCGUGGGACUUUGUUUAGUCAGAAAUCCAAUUCAGGGAAUGGUCUGAUAGUUGUGGCUGGAAGACGUUCCAUGUCAAUGAUUGCAGAUUCAAGAAGAAGAAAUGGGUCAAAUGCAAUUGAUUCAAAGACAUUGAGAAAGUGUAACUCAUGCUCAACAAUCUUUAUUGAUGACAGUACUGUCAGUCAACCAAAUCUCAAAUCUACUAUAAAAUGUGUGGCCUUAGCUGUAUUUUAUCACAUUCGACACAGGGAUGACAAUGUACAGAGCUUGGAUAUAUUCGAUGAAAAGCUCCAUCCACUUACACAUGACCCUGUACCAGAUAAUUAUGAUAAAAUAGACCCAGAGAGCCGACAUAUCUACAAAUUUAUUAAAACAUUGUUCCAUGCUGCACAGCUGACAGCUGAAUAUGCCAUUAUUACUCUUGUUUAUCUUGAAAGACUGUUAACSUAUGCCGAAAUAGAUUUACAUCCAGGAAACUGGAAAAGAAUACUUCUAGGUGCAAUACUCUUGGCCUCUAAAGUAUGGGAUGACCAAGCUGUAUGGAAUGUUGAUUAUUGUCAAAUAUUAAAGGAUAUUACUGUUGAAGAAAUGAAUGAACUAGAGAGAUCGUGUUUAGAAUAUUUACAAUUUAAUAUAAACGUCCCUUCCAGUGUAUAUGCAAAGUAUUACUUUGAUCUUCGAUCACUGGCAAAUGCCAAUGACAUAAGCUUCCCUCUGGAACCUCUCAGCAAAGAAAAGGCCUCUAAACUUGAGGCAAUGUCGAGAGUCGAACAGGACAAGGAUGAAGGAGCUUUAUCCCUGAAACGAUCAGCAAGUCUCAAUAACCUAUCUCCUCACAGAAAAAGCUUUGCAAUUAUCUCCUGAAUCAAUAUUAUUGUCCCAUAAGAAUGCCAAUGAAUAUUAGCCCCAAUCUAUGGACAGAAACAGAGGUAUCGCUUGGAUAAAGUGAAGUGCGCAAAAAUGGGUCGCACCGUCUCAAGGAGAUUGCUGUUGAACUCCACAAAGUAGUCAUUAAUAAUCAAUUAUUUCGAAUCAAAUCGUCAUAAGUUUGAAUCGAAGAACUAGUAAGUUCGGACACCAACUAAGGAAAUUGUUAAAAUAAUUUGAUGUAUAAUUUUCGUUGAAUUGAAAGAAAACACAGUAAGUUUAUGAGCGAAAACAGAGAAACGGCUAAAAUGUUGGGAACGAUAUCUUUUUUUCAGAAAUCGGCAAAGUGAACAAUAUAGUUAAUGAAUUAUAUUAAGUUUCACUCGUUCAAGACAAGUGAAUGAAUGAUUUUUUCUUGAUUCUAGUUUGGGUAUACAAUUUGUUAAGGUACUUGUAUAGUUCAAUUAGCACUAGUUAGACGAAAACGUCCAAUCUUAAAAUUUUGUACUUUCGUUUUAUUUUAUAAUUAUUUGAGCAAUAUAGACGUCAAGUAAGGAAAGUAGAUUUAGGCUAGAUUUUAUAAUAGUACGAAAAUCAAGACAUUUUUAUAUCGAACUUGCUAUGUACAGAGUAUUUCGUCCAAAGGGACCUUCUUACAUUGAUAAAAGUUUAUUUUACCGGCAUUUAUGCUUAAUCUAAUGGUAGCAGGUUGUACGUCAUGAAAAAUUGUUGCGGUCUGAAGAUUUACUAGGACUUACGAGAUCGCAGACUUGCGCAGGAAAACGAGGCAUUUCCGAAGAUUGUUUAUAGUGCAUGUGCGAGCCUGCGAUAUUUUCCAAAGCUGCAGCACAUCAUUUCUGAAAGUGUGUACUGCUAGCAGCUAUCAACGCAGUCAACUUGCUACCUAACCUUAGCUUAUUUUCAGAAUGAGUUUAAUUACUGUAUAAAUCCUAGUAGGAUGUAUCCAAACAUUAAUAGAUGUACAUAAUUAACCAUGUUCACAAUGAAAAUCCAAUAUGAAUCUUGAAAAUAUUAUUUGUUCAAUUCCAAGAUGGACAGACCACGCCCAUUCUAAUGCGUUUGGUGGAGACAGUGGUAUCACUCUCUUGAUGACGUAGAACAGUAAUCACCGAAAUGCAUUGACGUGGACGUGGUCUGAUUGUAAUAUUUGAACUAUUGUUCAUAACCAGUCUGCGUUGAUGGACCUACGUUUUUUCGGGGACCGUCAGCAAAGCAGGGCUUUUUUGGCCUUCACAGUAGGCCAUAAUCAUCACUACAGUUGUCUUCUUUCAAUAAGCGAUACCCAUUCUUUGAUUCGAGACUUUCACUACGAACUAAUGUUUCGUCUGGGAACUCGAAGGACAAGUGUAACAUAGCUAAAACAUUUGUAAUUUCAACAAAAUGAACUUCAAAUAAACUUCUGUCACAUUCAUUCA